AUGGCCGUCGCCAUCCAACAAUCUAUCGAACCGCAAAAUGUCGCGAUCCUUGAGCACCGCACCUUUACAGACCCGGAGAAAGUUGAACUAGAUUUCGAUGCGCUAAGAAGGAAAUACCAACAAGAGCGCGAUAAGCGACUCAAAAACGGUGGCAUUAAUCAGUACACCAUUAUUCAGCCAUCGAGCAAGGCGGCAGAGCAGUUCCUCAUCGACCUGUAUGUCGAACCGGGCUUUGCGCGUGAUACAAUCAAACUCGAAACAGAUGUAAUCAUUAUCGGCGGAGGGUUCGGCGGCCUCCUUUGCGCUGUGCGGAUGUUAGAGCAAGGUAUCACAAAUUUUCGGAUUAUCGAAAAGGGAGGUGAUUUCGGGGGCACAUGGUACUGGAAUCGAUAUCCCGGAGCCCAGUGCGAUAUCGAAGCUUAUGUGUAUAUGCCCCUAUGUGAGGAGACCAAUUACAUACCUUCCGAGAAAUACACCCAUGCAUCUGAGCUCCUCGAGCAUGCACGCCGAAUUGGAACUCAUUAUGGGUUAUAUGACAAAACGCUUUUUCAAACCGAGACCCUAAAACUCCAAUGGAACGAGACAACAACUCGCUGGGACGUCGAAACAAACCGAAUGGAUACCAUCUCUACCCGUUUCAUCAUACCGGCAGCAGGGCCUCUUCACCGACCAAAGCUACCAGGAGUGCCAGGGAUAGAUUCUUUCAAGGGCCACAUGUUUCACUCAUCUCGCUGGGAUUAUGACUAUACUGGUGGCCACAACCGGGGAGAUUUAACGAAACUGGCCGAUAAACGAGUCGGGAUCAUUGGGACUGGUGCAACAGCGGUACAAAUCGUACCUCAUGUUGGCGCUGCAGCUAAACAGCUUUAUGUCUUUCAGCGUACCCCGUCGAGCAUUGACGUCCGCAAUAACCGCCCGACCGACCCCGUGUGGGCAAAGUCACUGCCAAAAGGGUGGCAGCAAGCACGAAUGGAUAACUUUGACACCGUCAUUGCUGGUGGGUAUGUUGAGGAAGACCUAGUCGCUGACGGUUGGACCGACAUCCUGAGAAAUCUAUGGCCUCGCAAAACCGGAGAUGACAUCGCCACCAUGGAUCCUGCCAAGCUUGCGGCAAAGAUUCAGCUUGCGGACUAUAAGAAGAUGGAGUCCAUACGUGCUCGCGUCGACAGUAUUGUGAAGGAUAAGGAGACUGCCGAAGCUCUCAAGCCAUGGUAUAAUCAGAUGUGCAAGAGGCCAUGCUUCCAUGAUCAGUACCUUCAGACUUUCAACAGGCCAAAUGUCAAGCUAGUCGACACGAAGGGAGAAGGAAUCGACAGGAUUACACCCGAAGGAGUGAUGGCGAACGGUGUAAAUUACGAAAUCGAUUGUCUGAUCUAUGCAACCGGGUUCGAACUAGCCACUGAUUGGGCACAGCGAACGGGAAUGGAGAUAUACGGCCGAGACGGGAUUACAACGACUGAAAAGUGGAAGAAUGGAUUUCAAACAUUCCAUGGCUGGACGAGCCGUGGAUUCCCCAAUUGCUUCUUCGUCAACAGUGUUCAGGCAGCCGUUUCACCAAACUUCCUCCAUGCGACGGCAGAGCAAGCUAAGCAUUUCGCCUAUGUUAUCAGACGGGCCUGUGACAAGAAGGUCCGUUCUCUUGAGCCCACUGCCGAAGCCGAGAACGCCUGGGUUCAGCUCUGCGUUGACUUGGCGGAGCCUCGACGGAAAUUUCUUGAGGACUGUACCCCAGGUUACUAUAACAACGAAGGCGAAUUCGACGACUUGAAAUCACAGAGGAACGUCAUCUAUGGUGGAGGCUCCCCAGCCUUCUUUGAGCUGACUAGGAAGUGGAGGGCCGACGAUCGUUUCGAGGGCUUGGAGGUACAUUAUCUUGAAGAGUAG